AGCCCCAGGGUCCCUCACCUCCUUCCCCUCACAUGUGGCAGUUCUUGUUUUGCAGGUGCAGCCGGGUGUGUAGCAACGUUGCUCCACGAUGCAGCCAUGAACCCUGCUGAAGUGGUCAAACAGAGGAUGCAGAUGUACAACUCGCCUUACCAGCGUGUGACGGACUGUGUGCGGGCUGUGUGGCGCAACGAAGGGGCCGGAGCUUUCUACCGCAGCUACACCACCCAGCUCACCAUGAACAUCCCCUUCCAAGCCAUUCACUUCAUGACCUACGAGUUCUUGCAAGAGCAGCUCAACCCCCACAGACAGUACAACCCAGGCUCCCACGUGGUCUCCGGAGCCUGCGCAGGGGCUGUCGCUGCUGCUGCCACUACACCUUUGGACGUUUGCAAAACACUGCUCAACACCCAGGAGUCGCUGGCCUUGAGCUCCAACAUCAGUGGACACAUCACAGGCAUGGCCAAUGCCUUCAGGACGGUGUACGAAGUGGGCGGCAUAACCGCCUACUUCAGAGGGGUCCAGGCGAGAGUCAUUUACCAGAUGCCCUCAACGGCGAUCGCCUGGUCCGUGUACGAGUUCUUCAAAUACAUCCUCACCAAGCGCCAGGAGGAGUGGCGGGCUGGGAAGUGAGCCAGAGCCAAAUGCUGUUCCAGGCCUGCUUCACCUCCCGUCCUGUUUUGUCUUCUGAACCCUCUGCCUUUUGGUUUGGUUUGUGUUGCAGAGAGGGGGCAAUGAAGCCCUUCGUGGUUUAGCGAUGCCAUUUUUUGCCUGUGGCUGCUGCAGCUCUGCUCAGGCUGCACAGCUUGCUCUCUCCCAGGGUCCUCCGAGAUGUCCUGCUGGGAGCUGCAGCCCAGGUCACAUCCCCUGGCACUUCGGUGGAGCUGUGCUCCUGUUCUUCCCUUAACCAGAACCUCCUCUCAUGCAAAGCUCACCCCUCCUUGGAGGGGAAGGUGAAUGUCCUGCCCUGCCUCUGGCAGGGCCAAGCUGAGCUCGCAGUCGCCAAGGAGGGAGCAGCGGCACUGCCCAGGAUGCUGGGAGCUUUAUCUGGCUUUUGGCUGAAGUAAAGUGUAAGCCUUGCCGUUGUCUUGUAGCACGCACAGUGAUGCUGACUGCCCCUGUGGUGGUGGGCGGGGAGGGAGGAUGGCACUUGAGGAGGGGAGCCUGUAGGUUUGUUCAUUGUUCCUGCUCUUGACACCUCCAAUAAAAAACAGUUCUGCUCUA